AGUUGAUCCGCAAUCGAACGGCUGAUCUGACGUUAAUCAAUCAUCUGUGGACGUUGAUGAUCAGAAAUUGACGGAAUGACGUUUCCAUGGAUGAGUCGAGACGUUUGAUGGAGUUUUCGUUGAGAAUAAUCAAUGCCUUGCUGAGUCUACAGGAAAUAGCCUUUGGGAUGUUGGAGGUGGAGUGUCAUGUGGUGUGAGACUGCGGGGGUUUCCGGGGCUCACGCAUCGGAAUGCCACAGGGUUCCACGCCGACACCGCUGCUCUCCUUCCUAUUGGCCACGCUGGGAUACGCAAUGGCUGGCCUCCACCUGUGGCCCUCCGUCCAUGUUGCCCUUAGCAACAGCAGUGUGUUCGUCAACUACAACGCCACGGACCGCAACGCUUCCUCCGACUUCCGGAACAUGACCCUAUCUCUGGUUGACACGGAAACCAACGCCACCCUGCUCACCAGAUCCCUGCCAGCCAACCAAUCAGAGGGGAGAUUAGAGUUCAACUGCUCCUGCUUCCUGUACGCUGGAACAUUCCGCUUCCACCUGGAGCAGAUUGACUACGCAACCGCCAAUUCUAAUGCUAAUGGUAAUGCUAGUGCUAGCAUAACGGAUGGAGAUGGGGAUGUUACUACUACUGCCACCUGGUGGUGGAGCUCUGAACUGCAGGUGGAGUGGCCGACCUUUCACAUUGCUGUGGACCGGGCCAGCAACCAGUCAGGAUCCUUCCAGGUGGGGAUCUCGACCAAUGAGCUGUUCCAGUCCUGCUCCUCUGGCGUUGGCUCUGCCCUCUUCCUGGAGGUCAGCUACCUGGAGUUCAACCAGAUUGGUCGAAACAGCAUUGACAAGGUCCGCGCCCGCACCCGGCACCCAAUCAAAGCGCUGCAUUCUCAGAAGGUGGAUCUGUCGUGUGCAUUCCAUUUCACAGAACGAGACUUCAUCAGGGUGGCGCUGCGCUCCCCUCACACAAACCAGGAUGUCAAGUCAUCUGGCCCUCUCUACCUCUCUAGGAUCUUCUCCUAUAAACUACUGGUGGACAACGUCAACUCCUACAGGUCAGGCUGUGAGGGAGUGGUAUCUGUGCGCCUGGUGACCCCUCCCUGUGCUCUGAUCUACGGCAAGGUCCUCUUAUUCCGGGACGGAGGUGUGGGGUCGGAGGGAAAGGGGGACGCAGGGGUGGAGGGGGGUGGAGGGGCAGAGGGCUCGACUCCCUCCGCUCCACUGGCGUUUAAUUGGCUGACACAGGGGGAGAACGAGACAGAAUUCAACUGUUCAGUGUUUGACCCAGGAAGGAAUAAAUACUGCUUCAGAUUUGUGCUCAACUUCAGCCGCUCUUUGAGUCCAGCACAGACCUGCCUGGUGGUACACAGGAAUGCAGAGUCCUGGGGUGCGUGGCAGGCGUGGAGUGUGUGCAGUGUGAGCUGUGGAGAGGGGGUGAGGGAGAGAGUGCGAAAGUGUCUGCUGCCCUCCGGUGGUGGAAGUAUGCAGUGCACCGGCAUGGUCAAGGAACAGUCUCUCUGCUCACUGGAAGACUGUACAGCCUCCUCCUCUCUCGGUGGUGGUAACCUGGUAGCCGUAGCCGGUAUAUCCCUGUGUCUGGCAGUCAUCCUAGCUACCCUCCUGGUCACCCUGUGGCGUAAACUCUGCCGGACACCCCACUGUAGCUCCGUCCGCCGCGGAUCUAUGCACUCACCUGGGGGACGUAAACUCUCUGACGAGGCCUCCAUCUGUGGGCACAGUCUCCAGAGACCCAGCCUCUCCGACAACCAGGGGGGCACAGGGCCGGGGCUAACCCAGAACGAAAGGCCUAACCUGGGGUGCAAGCCUCUGCCUCAGCCCCCUCCUCUGGUUAUUCCCCUGGUUCAGGACCCAGAUAGACUGUCUCCAUCGGGACAGAAGGUGCUACCGCCCAUCUUUGGGUACCGUCUGGCCCAGCAGCAGUUAAAAGAGAUGAAGAAGAGAGGGUUAAAGGAAGCCACCCAGCUCUAUCAUGUCUCACAGAGCCCCGUCCACGACACUCUUCUGGAGGACUCUCCCACCUCCGCCUCCACCCCUACCCAGCCAGGGUUCACCCUCCCUGGGCUCAGCCCCAACCCCGGCCCCCUGGACCCCCAGGGAGAGGAUUCUAAUCUGAGCCGGUUUUGUAUCACCGCCCCGUUCCCCGAGCCCAGGGUCCCACAGCGCAGCUCGGCUACUCUGCCAGACAGACUGAGCCCCAGGGUGGAGCUCGUCCUGGGGCCUCCCGUGGCCGGGUACCUGAGAGAAGGUGGGGGUGGAGGGAGCUCCAGACGAAUAGACCGCACGGCAGACUGGGUGGAGAUGGUGGAGAGGACUGGGUUAGGAGGGAUGGGAGGAGGAAGAGGCGUUCCCUCCAACUCGUACCAGAGAAACCCAAACUUCCGACGGACAUCCAGCUUUCACGACACCAAGCCCCCACCUCCCCCAGCAGCCGCAUGUCGCCCCCACAGGGAGAGGAGUCAGACCCAGGUGGGUCCCCGCACCAGGACCCUCCCCGAGGGCAGCUGUAGGGCCCGGGGAACCUUGGCGAACCAGAUCCAGAACACGACCUACCCCCACUAUCCCAUCCCAGAGCAGAGCACCCCCGACUGGGCCAGGCCCAAACCGCAACCCCCUGGGCCUGGGGACGACAGGAGAAGACCCUGGGUGGAGACUGGAAGUCCUCCGUGUUUCAGUAACAAACCCAAACACGCUGAAAACAACAACACCUACUUGACCUCUGACCCCAAACACACAAAGACCAACACUACAACGGCAGCCAUGUUAGGAUCUGAGCUGCUUAGCAACCCUGAACUCACCCUGGAGAGGGAGAGGCGGAGGAGUGGUGAUAGAGGAGGAGGUGAAGAUGGAGGAGAGAGAGGUGGGACUUCAGGUAUAGGGGGACCAGGAUUAGGACCAGGGGUGGGGUCUCGUGGCUGCCCUGCCUACCUCACCCCGGACCGUGCGGAGCGGGCAGAACAGAACUGGAGCCGUCGAGGCCCUUCCCCGAUUCAGAGAAAUAUCCUGGCCAGGAAGCUGAGAGAGGCUCAGUCCUGCAACACCGCCUCCGGCCAGCGGGGGCGCCAUAACCAACAGCAGCAGAGGCAGCGCAGCUCCACAUUUAGCGUGUCUGCCAGUGAGCAAAGGAAGGGGAGGUGUAGGUCUCUGCCUCUGUCUGGAGACUCCCCCUAUGGGCUGACUGAGGCAGAGCAACGCAUGCUGGAUCUAGAUAUGACCUCACUAUACCUGGGAGAGGAUGAGUUCUCACCUGUACACACCUAGUGGGGAGGAGA